CUUAAUGCAUAUGCACAAUUUCUGACAACCAGAUCAUCAUAAGGUGAACACAGUCCAUGGUAGAGAAUCAUGAAUAUAAUUUACCUUACCCUGUUAUUAACCUUUUGGUCUAUCGAAUGUAAACUGUCGAGACAACAGCUAUGGUGGUUUGUUGAUGAAAAUUUUAAAACACUUGACGUAAAUCAUGAUGGUUUAUUAGAGUUAACCGAGUAUGAAAGGGUAAUGAAAGAAGACGAUGGCAAUCAUGACGGAGUAUACACCUGUGCAGAGUAUUCAAAGUUUACAGGAGAACCAAAAAGUAUUAGUUAUGAUAUUUUCAAUCAUCUCGACAGCAAUUCAGAUUGUUCAAUGUCUCAUCAGGAAUGGUCGGCAACUUAUCACCAUAUGGAUAAUUCAGGAGACGGCAUAGUCAGCAGAGUGGAAUUUGAUAAUUUUAUAAUCAAUAUCUUGACACACCUUGGACACGACAUAAUACUUGGAGUUCCUUCCGGAACGGAACCACGAUAAGUGUGAACUCUACGCCAAAAACAAAACCUACCUAUUAUAAAAUAUGCUUUUUUUAUGUUUUAGGAUUAUAUUUCUUUAUCUUUAGAAGAUUAUUAUUUGAAGACUUUGAAUAUUCGAACUGUGAUCUAAUAAAAUGGGAUAAUAAAAUCUGACAAAAAUGCCGCUUUUGUGUUAAGCAGGACUAAACACACAAUAAUGUUAGCAGAUCAUAUCUCGACCUCUUAUG